UUCCCAUGGUGUGGCGUCACCACGUGAUGGUCUCGUCAACAACUCAGCUGUUGCAGCCAGCAAGGAAGACUGGAGCGGCGGGAGGAAAGAUAUCGGUCCCUUUAAGGGAGGGACGGCAAGUUCUCCGGAUUUCAUUUAUUAUCACUAGAUAAUACUUGUAGGGGUUCGGAUCACGUUUAGUAGUAUUUAGCAAUCAUAUCGGUCGGGUAGCUAGUGAAGAUUAUCUUUAAAAUAACUGUGCGUAAUCAUAAGAGAAAGAAUAAAAUGGAGUUAGAGGACGGAGUUGUGUACCAGGACGACCCAGGGACGUCGGCUAUGAUGUCGGAGAGGGUAUCGGGCCUGGCCAGCUCCAUCUACCGCGAGUUCGAGAGGCUGAUCGGGAAAUAUGACGAGGACGUGGUGAAGGAGCUCAUGCCGCUCGUCGUGGCGGUGCUGGAAAACUUGGACUCUGUCUUCGCUGAGAACCAGGAGCAUGAAGUGGAACUGGAGCUUCUUAAGGAGGACAACGAGCAGCUCAUGACUCAAUACGAGCGGGAGAAAGCACUGAGGAAACACGCAGAAGAGAAGUUCAUCGAGUUUGAGGACAGUCAGGAGCAGGACAAGAAGGAUCUGCAGGGCCGUGUGGAGACGCUGGAAUCACAGUCCCGGCAGCUGGAGCUCAAAACCAAGAACUAUGCAGACCAGAUUGGCAGGUUGGAAGAGCGAGAAGCAGAACUCAAGAAGGAGUACAAUACACUUCACCAGAGACACACAGAGAUGAUUCACAACUACAUGGAGCACUUGGAGCGUACUAAACUCCAGCAGCUGACUGGAGGAGACGCAACUGAAACUGGGACACUGAGCAGAGUUCGGAAGGAGCGCCCUGUGUCCUUGGGGCUGUUCCCGCUCCCCGGGGGCGAUGCAGUCGUCACGCCUGAGCUCCACAGAGAGGCUGUAGAGACCCCAGGGACCGACACCUGGAGAUACAACGUCCUCAGCCACCCACGCUCCAACACCAGCCUCAAGCAGUUGGAGGCGGAAGAUUCUCUCAGAAAAAGGGAGGGUAAGAGUUCACAGGAGUCUGGGGGCAAUUCGCUGGCUGACGAAAGCAAGGAUGAGCUUUCUGACGUCAGCCAGGGCGCCUCCAAGUCGGCCACCCCCACGUCCGCAGGCGCCUCGGAUGUGGCCGCACACACGCCACAGGAAGGGCAGGCAGAGGGGCUGGGCAGGAACCUCAACACCAGCAGCAGGAAGCCGGACGGCAGUAAGAACAUCGAGGUGCAGGCAGCCCCAGGCACAAGUUCUGCCUCAACAGGCUCAUCUGAAAAUACACAGAAGUCAGAGGUGCAGGCCAUUAUUGAAUCUACACCUGAGCUGGACAUGGAUCUGAGUGGCUGUAAAGGUUCCAGCACUCCCACAAAAGGGAUUGAGAACUUGGCAUUUGAUCGCAACACAGAAUCUCUCUUUGAAGAACUGUCCUCUGCUGGCACAGACCUCAUAGGGGAUGUAGAUGAAGGAGCUGACUUGUUGGACCUUAAUUUAUGUGGUAUGGGUCGUGAAGUUGAGCAUCUUAUCCAGGAGAACACACAGCUUCUGGAAACAAAGAAUGCCCUGAACGUGGUGAAGAACGACCUCAUCGCCCGGCUGGACGAGCUCUCCUGUGAGAAGGAGGUUCUGCAGGGCGAGCUGGACGUGGUGAAGCAGACCAAGGGCAAGCUGGAGGAGAAGAACAAGGAGCUGGAGGAGGAGCUCAAGAAGGUGCGGGCAGAGGUGGAGGAGGCAAAGCUGAAGACUAAAGAUGAAGAUGAUAGUGACGUCCCCACAGCGCAGAGGAAGAGGUUCACACGGGUGGAGAUGGCCCGGGUGCUGAUGGAGAGGAACCAGUACAAAGAGAGGCUGAUGGAGCUGCAGGAGGCCGUCCGGUGGACGGAAAUGAUCCGGGCGUCGAGGGAGAAUCCUGCCCUUUCCGAGAAGAAGAAGUCUAGUAUUUGGCAGUUUUUCAGCCGGCUAUUUAGCUCCUCCAGCAACACCGCCAAGAAGCCCGAGGCCCCCGUCAACGUCAAGUACAACGCUCCGACCUCCCACAUCGUCCCCUCCGUGAAGAAGAGGAGCACCACUUUAUCUCAGCUCCCCAGCGACAAAUCAAAAGCAUUCGACUUUCUCAAUGAGGAAGUGGACUCAGGAAACUUGGUGUCACGCAGAGAGCAGAAGAGAGCACAGUACAGGCAGGUGAAGGCACACGUCCAGAAGGAGGAUGGGAGAAUACAGGCCUACGGCUGGAGUCUGCCACAGAAAUACAAGGUUGCAAAUGGUGGGCAGGCAGACAAUAAGGUGAAGAAUCUACCGGUGCCUGUGUACCUGAGGCCCUUGGAUGAGAAAGAUGCUUCUAUGAAGCUGUGGUGCGCUGCUGGUGUAAAUCUGACCGGUGGGAAGACCCGAGAUGGAGGUUCCAUUGUGGGAGCCAGUGUCUUCUACAAUGACGUGGCUGGAACAGACUGCCACAGGCAGAAGAAGGGCUCUCAGAGCAGCCUGGACAGACUCGAACAGGAACUCAAGGAGCAGGAGAAGGAGCUGCGGCAGCAGGAGGAGCUGUCCAGCCUGGUGUGGAUCUGCACCAGCACCCAGUCCACCACCAAAGUCGUCGUCAUCGACGCCAACCAGCCCGGCAACAUCCUGGAGAACUUCUUUGUGUGCAACUCCCACGUGCUCUGCAUCGCCAGCGUGCCAGGUGCCCGGGAGACGGAUUACCCCGCGGGGGAGGAGGUGCCAAAGGAGAGUGAGGCGGAGCAGGGCGACAGCUCGUCUCUGACGGCCAGCGUGGCGAGCAACAGCUCGGCCGGCGGCGAGGGCGUGCUGGGCGGGAUCACGGUGGUGGGCUGCACCGGGGAGGGGGCGGCCGCGGCCCCCCAGGCCGUCUGUACGGCGGUCAGCGCCUCGCCGGAGCCCAGCGCACACACGGGCACAGCCUCGGGCACAGGGGAGACGCCCGAACAGGUCAGCCCCACCGAGGACGGGGUGCCCACCGCAGAGGAGGCCACAGAGGCCACGGAGGCCAGCGCCGGGCCCGCGGACGAGGGGCUGGAUGUCAGCCAGCCGGGCAUCUACACCGAGCACGUCUUCACUGACCCGCUGGGAGUGCAGAACACACCUGAUACCCCACCCACUUACCCCAGAAGGGAGUCUGACCUGGUGAAGGAUGGGGUGACCUCCCUCCCAGAUGAGCAGGACCUGAUGAGGGAAGAGGCCCAGAAGAUGAGCAGUGUCCUGCCCACCAUGUGGCUGGGUGCCCAGAAUGGAUGCGUGUAUGUCCAUUCGUCUGUCGCUCAGUGGAGGAAAUGUCUCCACUCCAUUAAGCUGAAGGACUCCAUUCUGGGCAUUGUCCAUGUGAAAGGACGGGUGCUGGUGGCUCUGGCUGAUGGAACGUUGGCCAUCUUUCACCGCGGUGUUGAUGGCCAGUGGGACCUGACCAACUACCACCUACUGGACCUGGGGCGCCCUCACCACUCCAUUCGCUGCAUGACUGUGGUGCAUGACAAGGUGUGGUGUGGGUACCGGAACAAGAUCUAUGUGGUUCAGCCCAAAGCAAUGAAAAUCGAGAAGUCCUUUGAUGCUCACCCGCGCAAGGAGAGCCAGGUGCGUCAGCUGGCCUGCAUAGGAGACGGCAUCUGGGUGUCGAUUCGGCUGGACUCGACACUGCGGCUGUUCCACGGCCACACUUACCAGCACUUGCAGGACGUGGACAUCGAGCCUUAUGUCAGCAAAAUGCUGGGCACUGGUAAACUGGGCUUCUCUUUCGUGCGGAUCACGGCUUUGAUGGUGUCCUGUAACCGCCUGUGGGUCGGAACUGGGAACGGCGUCAUCAUCUCGAUCCCUCUAACGGAAACUGUGUUUCCUCAGCAGGGACGCUCUCUGGGACUGAGGGCGAACAAGGUCGCCACAGGCACGGCGAGUCGGCCAGGCAACGUGAUCCGUGUCUAUGGCGACGAGAACAGCGAUAAGGUGACGCCAGGCACCUACGUCCCGUUCUGCUCCAUGGCACACGCACAGCUCUGUUUCCAUGGACACAGGGACGCAGUCAAGUUCUUCGCCGCCGUCCCCGGCCAGGUCAUCCCUGCGGCUGGCGCUGGGGGAGAAGCCAUGCCCGACAAGCCCAGCGCGGCGAACUCGGACUCCCCGGCCACGGAGCUCGCCAAGUCCGUCCUGGUGAUGAGCGGGGGGGAGGGCUACAUCGACUUCAGAAUGGGGGACGAGGGGGGCGAGACGGAGGAGAUGGGCGAGCCCACUCUGAAGCUGCAGCCCUUCCUGGCCAAAGCGGAGCGUAGCCACCUCAUAGUGUGGCAGGUCAUGUGUGGUGAGGAGUGACUCCAGCCUCACGCAGUGCCACGGGAAAGCAGGCGAAGAGCCACACAGUUCACAGAGAAACAUACUCUAAUACAAACUCCUGCACGUUUUUUCUUUGCUUUUUUUGUCAUUCAUUUCAGUAUUUUUUUCCUAAUUUGAAUGAUUAUUACUAUAAUAUUAUGUUGGUAUUGUUAUUACUGUUUAUAAAAUAAUUUUGUCUUUUAGUUUACUUAUUUUCUCUUAUUAUUUUUUAUUAUUUUACUUUUUUGUUUUUGCACCUGUGGGUUUGAUACAUAUUUUUGAUGAAAGAAUAUCCUGUAGGUAUGCUGUGCACUCCCAGCAGCCAGAGGGUGUGCCCACACGACCCCUCCUGCUGUUUCUGCAGACGGAUACUGCGCCACAGGCCAGCUCAUCACGGAGAGCUGCAGUAUCUGCCGGCUUUAAUCCCACUCAGGCCUUUAACAGCCCUUCAGCUCACGGCUGUCCUGAUUGAAGCGCUUUCAUCUCCCCCUCAUUUCCCAGAAUGCCGUGGGUCGCAGGACUGCCUCCUCCGGGGCCGGUUAAGCAGCCUUGCUGCACGAUGACACUGUACUGAGGGUCGCCGUGACGGUGUGCAGUUUGAACGGUCCCAUUUCUAAUGCAAAGUCUGGACAGCUCUUUAGUUUGAUUUACUGUCAUUUGGAAAUAAAUAACAAAAGGCACCUUACUGUGGUUUUAUAAGGUAUGACAGGCUAGGAUGAUAGAAUGCGUGUCCUGUGUGAUUUCAUUCUCCCCCCCCUUUCCUUUCAAGAAACGGUUUUGGAUUGUGCGUGAGGCGGUUUACAACUCGCUUCUGUGGAGCUGUCCAUGUGUCCACUGUGCUAGUGUUUCAAAACUUGACCUUUUAAAAUGCCUAAUUCAUAAUUUGUAGUACCUGCAGGGGUGCAGGUGAUGUAUGCACAGUCCAGCACCCUCUUAAGGAGUAGUUUAAAAUAGCUAAGCCUGAGUUUUAGGUGGAAGUAUGCCUGCAUGGUGAAGUUCUUUUCUAGUUCGUCAGCUGCUGUCUUACGGUUGGCCGUUUCCCUUUAGGUCUUCCUUACUACGAGCUAGAGCUUGCAGACACUUUAAAAGUGACUUGGGCUGCCUUAGUUUCAGAAGUACACAGUUUUGCUAUAAUAUGCUAACUGUUCCAAGAAACUUUUUAUUUUUAUUUUUUAUUUACAUUGAUGUAUGACAGAGUAAUUACUAUUUAUUUAUGUAUAUUACACAAUUACCAAAGGAAAAAAAUGAUAAAAACAAAAAAACAGCCUCAUUAGUUACCUUUUAACACACCGCCUUUUCGCGGUAAUUCUGGCCCUACAGCUUAAGAGUUACAGACAGUUAUGUAGAGAGUGCUUUACUAGUUGUUAUGAUUACUAAACAAAUAUAUUUAUAAGUCUUCAUCUCUACAAAUCAAUUGAAAAUAUCUGCUUGCCAGGGAUAUGAAAGAAUGUAGCAAACUACGCUGCACCUCAGAUUUUGUACACUUCUAGUGAAUGUUUUCAUUAAUGAAAGCACUUCUCAUUUAAUGUGUUGAUAUUGAUGCAUUCUGAAACUUUUAAGCCUAUUUUUUAUGGUCUGUAAUUUUUUGUACGUUGGUCUUUUAGACUCUUUAAUCUAUGUUUUACUGGCCUCUGUAACUUGAAAGCAGAACUCGCUGACGUUAAACUAGUGUUUGUGCUGAAAAACUGUGGGGUGGGGGGGGGGGGGGGCUUCAUGUUUUUUCUCUAGGAGAAAAAAAGACUUCAUAUCGCAGUGUAGCCAUUUCAGUAUUUAUUUCUCUGAAUGAGCCUUUGUGGUUCAGAAUGUAACUUUGUACAUGAAAAAUAUAUAUAUCUAUAAAUAUGUAUAUGAAUCAUAUGUGGCUGGGUUUUAUUGUUUUGAAGGUGAAAAGUAAUAUAAUGACAAUGAGAAUGAUGAUUUCGAAACACCACACUAAUUUACUAAGCUAUGCACAUUUUUAAUAAUUACAGCGGUGUUUUGUGUUUCAAAUCCAUCUGUUAUUGCUGCCAUUUGUGGGUGGGCGAAGUUGUGCAAGGGGGGGCAUUCCUCAUUCCCUACGAGACGUUCUGCUCUGGGGCUAUCAGCCGGGCCAGCAGGAGGGGCACUUUCCACCAUCUUGUGCCAUGACUGCGGUUUCUCCUAGUAGGUGUGCGCUUCUACCAGCAUCUUAGCCUUAUUUUUUUAACAAACUAUUAAACUGACUUUCAUGGGGAAUUUA